UUUGAAACGCCACAAUUCAUUUUGGCCUACGCGGUUGCCGUACUCGGAAAGAUGGCGACGGUAGUGUUGGUUAGCCGUCCUGCGGGUGUCCUUUCAAAGAUUUCAAGCGGCUGCAGCCAGGCUGCGUCUGCAGCUGCGUGCGUCGCCGCCGCAGCGCAGCAGAGGAAGCUGCACCAUGCCGUCGUCCCCAAAGGGAAGGGAGGACGCUCGUCUUCCAGCGGGAUCGCCGCCACCGUGUUUGGAGCCACGGGUUUCCUGGGCCGAUACGUCGUCAACAGGCUGGGUCAGGUGGGCUCCCAGAUCAUGAUCCCUCACCGCUGUGACCAGUACGACAUCAUGUACUUCAGGCCCAUGGGUGACCUGGGCCAAAUCAUCUUCAUGGAGUGGGAUGUGAAGAACAAAGAGUCCAUCCAGCGGGCCAUCGAGCACUCCAACGUGGUCAUCAACCUGGUGGGCAGGGAGUGGGAAACCAGAAACUACGGCUUCGAGGACGUUUUCGUCAACAUCCCUCGGCAGCUGGCCCGGGCCUCUAGAGAAGCCGGGAUCUCAAAGUUCAUCCACAUGUCGCACCUGAACGCCGACAUGCGCAGCCCCUCCAAAUACCUGCGGAACAAGGCCGUGGGCGAGGAAGCGGUGCGGGAAGAGUUUCCAGAGGCCGUCGUCAUUAAGCCGGCCGAGAUGUUCGGCCGGGAGGACAGAUUCUUCAACUAUUUUGCCAAUAUGCGCUGGUUUGGAAACGCGAUUCCUCUGAUGGCGCUCGGGAAGAAAACGGUGAAGCAACCGGUUUACGUGGUGGACGUUGCCAAGGCGAUCGUCAGCGCGGUGCGAGACCCGGACGCCAACGGGAAAACGUUCGCCGUCGUUGGGCCCAACCGCUACCUGCUGCACGACCUGGUGGAGUACGUGUACGGCGUGGCGCACCGGCCCUUCGUGCCCUACCCUCUGCCGCGCCCGCUCUACCACCUGGCUGCCAGGAUUUUUGCUAUGAACCCGUUUGAACCCUGGACGACCCCGGACAAAAUCGACAGGUUUCACACGACAGACAUGAAGUAUCCUGGACUUCCUGGUCUGGAGGAUCUGGGCAUCACGGCUUCCUCUGUGGAGCAGAAGGCCAUCGAGAUCCUGCGCCGCCACCGCCGCUACCGUUACCUGGACGCCGAUCUGGACGAGACCAAGCCGGCCAAGACGGUCAACUACUGAGCCACGACUCGUGGUUCAGCUUCUUUUACUGGUUUUCUGUACAUAAAUAAAGAAUUAUCCUUACUGGA